AUGUUAUUAAUGAAAUUUUUUACUUUAAUAAUCUUGGUGAUUUCUUUUGCUAUUUCAUCAUUAACAUUAGCUGACCAACCAAAAUUUGCUGAAUCUAUAAUGACUCGUGCAACAUCAAUAAAAGGAGUUCUUUACUGUGGAAAUUCACCAUACCAAAAUGCUCAUGUAUAUCUUAUGAGAGAUGAUUCUGAUGCUCAACCUGAUAUUUUGGACAAAAAAGUUACUGGACCGGAUGGACAUUUUUCUUUGGAAGGACAUACUGGAAAUAGAGAUAGUGAUCAUACCGAUAUUCAUCCAAUGGUAAAAAUUUUCCAUAAAUGUGAUGAACCAGAAAAGAAAAAAGGUUUUCGUUAUUUUAGACAUAAAUUUCCAAGAAAAUAUGUUACACUUGGAAGAGUUUCAAGAAAAACAUACGAUAUUGGAAGAAUUAAUCUUGAAAUAACUUAUCCAAAAGAAACUCGUGUUUAUGAUUUACCUGUUUGGGAACCAAUUAGCAAAGAUUAA